GGGGCCGCGGCUGCCGAAAUAGCAGCUCACAAGUGCUGCAUUCCUCGCUGGGCGCCGGGCGCAUUCCUGCGGCGCUGCCCGCCCCGGGGUGGGCGCUGGAGCCCCUUAAAGCUCCUGCCCCAAAGAGCCUCCCCCAGACCCCGGCGGCUCCCCGCGCUCCCCGGCACAGCGGCGCUCGGGUGCGGCCGGGUGUGCUCAGGUACAGCUGGGUGUGCUGGGUGUGCUCAGAGAACCAGGGAUGUCCGACACGGAGGAGGUCACCGAGGAGUAUGAGCAGGAGCAGGAAGAGGAGUGCGUGGAGGAAGAAGAGGAAGAAUGGAUAGAGGAAGACGACGGUCAGGAAGAGCAGGUAGAGGAGGCGGAGGAGGAGACCCAAGAAGCCAAGGCAGAAGAAGAAGAAGAUGAAACGAAAGCAGCAGGAGAAGGUGGAGAGGGAGAGCGAGAGCAGGAGCCUGGGGAAGGUGAAUCGAAGCCAAAACCCAAGCUCUUCAUGCCCAACCUGGUGCCUCCCAAGAUCCCAGAUGGCGAGAGACUGGAUUUUGACGACAUUCACCGCAAGCGCAUGGAGAAGGACCUGAACGAGCUGCAGGCCCUCAUCGAAGCCCACUUUGAGAGCAGGAAGAAGGAGGAAGAGGAGCUCCUGUCCCUCAAGGACAGGAUUGAGCAGCGGCGGGCGGAGCGGGCGGAGCAGCAGCGGAUCCGCAGCGAGCGGGAGAAGGAGCGCCAGGCCCGCAUGGCCGAAGAACGAGCUCGCAAGGAGGAGGAGGAGGCGCGGAAGAGGGCGGAGGAGGAGGCGCGCAAGAAGAAGGCCUUCUCCAACAUGCUGCACUUUGGGGGCUACAUGCAGAAGUCAGAGAAAAAGGGUGGGAAGAAGCAAACGGAGCGGGAGAAGAAGAAGAAGAUCCUCAGUGAGCGACGGAAGCCCCUGAACAUCGACCACCUCAGCGAGGAGAAGCUGAGGGACAAGGCCAAGGAGCUGUGGCAGAACAUCCGUGACCUGGAGGCUGAGAAAUUUGACCUGCAGGAGAAGUUUAAGCGGCAGAAAUAUGAGAUCAAUGUCCUUCGGAACCGCAUCAGUGACCACCAGAAAGUCAAAGGAUCCAAGGGUGCCCGUGGGAAGACCAUGGUGGGCAGCCGUUGGAAGUAGAGGCUCAGGGGGAGAGGAGGCCAAGCCCUGGGAGCUGCAGUGGCUGCACAGAGCCCAGGCUGCAGGAAUGGGGGUUCUGGGGAGCAGAGGCCUCCCACCUCCACCCCCCAGUGCUGUUGUGUCUGUAAAUAAAGAGGUGGUGAAGGG